CAUCCGCUCCAGCCACACGCGCGCGCCAAGCCACCACGCGCUAGUGGCAGAAGCUCGCUCCCUCACUUCACUCACCCCGAUUCCUUUCUUCAGUUGACUGGCCAUCGCAACCUUCGUCUGCGCCGAGCCAGCCGACAAAGCGACGCGCUGCCCGCUCUGCGUCUGUCCAGCAUCUCCACCAGUGCCGCUCCCAUUGUCUAUUCCGUGUGCACAAAGCACUCAACCUCCGCCUUUCCAUCCUUGUUGCUCGUUUGCUGCCUCGUCUGCACGCGACACCCAGUAAGACGUCCCUUGCCUUUGCGCCUCUUCCGCCCGCUCGCCGGACUGCUGCCAACAGUCUGCUGCCUCUGUGUCUACUCAUCUUUUAGCAUACAAUCAUGGACGAGAUGGACCCUCAGUCCGCGGGCGACCAAAACGUCGAUGAGUAUGACCCCACUGCAGUGAACUACUCGUAUGGCGAGCUCGACCCUACCGAGACCGCUCCACUAGGCGGCGCAGACACCGCUCAGGUCGACGACGAUGACGACGAAGAAGAAGAAGAAUACGAUCCCGAAGGCCCGACGGAUCUACGCUCGCCUUCUGCACAGUCCGUCACGAUGCGCGAGUCCGCUGUCGACACGCCGCCCAUUGCGCUCGACCAACAACCCAUCGUUCAUGCCACGGCUACGGCCCCGGCGCCCAUGAAACCCCCGCGCACCAAGGGCGGCUUCGUCGACGAGAGUGAGGAUGAGGAGGAGGAUGAGGGACCGGUUGCUCAGUCAAAGGCGGGGGUGGCAUUGUUGAAUGCGCCCGGAGCCUCGUUGUCACCAAAGCCAGAGCGUUCUGCUACCUUGUCUCCAAGUAAUGCACAAAACCAACCACACAAUGUCUCGUCACUUAGUGUCCAGAAUGAGGGUGUCCCCGGUGUUUUGCCUUCUGCGCUCACUGUUCCUGACUCUGCUGUUUCUCACUCUACUUCUGUCGUUUCUAAUGAGGGCACACCAGCCCCAGAUGCUACUAAACUAGCUACUCACUUGCAUGCUGCCCCUUCGGCUCGACAAUCUAUAGCUCCAACUCCCGUAUCGGCAUCGCUGCCCAAACCCCGUCUCCCGCAAGACAGGGUCGGCAUGUUCGAGGAUCGCAUCGCCGAGGAUCCGCGCGGUGACAUCGAAGCAUGGCUGGGUCUUAUUGACGAGCAUCGCAAACGUCACAAGCACACAGAAGCCCGAGCUACCUACGACGAGUUCUUCAAGACGUUCCCCAACGCCGGCGAGCAAUGGGUGGAGUAUGUUAACAUGGAGACGGAACUUGAUAAUUUCACAGCAGUCGAGGCCAUUUUCGGCCGUUCAAUACAAGAGACCCCCUUCAUUGCCCUCUGGUCUUCGUACAUCAACUACAUCCGUCGCCGCAACAACUUAACCACCGAUCAGACGGGCGAAGCCCGUAAAAUGAUCAUCCAGGUUUACGAGUUUGUGUUGGAUCGGGUCGGCAUCGAUGUUGACGCAGGUAAGGUCUGGGUGGAUUAUAUUGAAGUGCUCAAAUCCGGACCCGGGAUCCUCGGCGGAACCAACUGGCAGGACCAGCAAAAAAUGGACACGCUUCGCAAGGCUUAUCAGCGUGCCAUUGCUGUCCCCACUAACGCCACUAUGGAGAUUUGGAAAGACUACGACCGCUUCGAGAUGAACUUGAACAAAGCAACGGGCCGCAAGUAUUUGCAGGAGAAGUCUGCCCUGUACAUGACUGCUAGAAGCACAAUCACUGUCCUGCAAAAUACCUAUCUCAAAAACAUCAACCGAACUACCCUACCGAAGCUCCCACCAGCACCCGGCUUCGACGGUGCCGAUGAAUACGCGAAGCAGGUGCAGGCAUGGAAGAGCUGGAUACAGUAUGAGAAGAGUGAUCCCCUCGAAAUCCGGGACGACGAUACUGCUCUCUACCGGAAACGAAUCUUGUACCUAUACAAGAAUGCGUUGAUGGCUCUCCGAUUCUGGCCCGAAUUGUGGUACGAGGCUGCCGAGUGGUGUUAUCAAAGCGAUAUGAAAGACGAGGGCGAUAAGAUGUUGAAAGAAGGCAUCAAAGCGAAUCCCGAAAGCUGCCUGCUUGCCUUCCGAUGGGCGGCUCAAGUUGAGGCGAAGACAGACUUUGAAGAUGGAGAGGCCGGUACCAUCAGCAAAGGCAAAGCGGUUCGAGAGCCCUUCGAUACGGUUUUGGGUGCAUUGUAUGAUCUUACAAAUAAGGCUAAAAAACGGGAAGAGCAAACUGUCGCUCGGGCCAAGGAGGUAUUUGCUGCGCAGAAGGCUGCUGAGGAUGCAGCGCGGGGAAAUCAGAACAGCGGUUCGGACGACGACGAGGACGACGAGGAAGCCCGUGCAGCUGAUAGACGACAGCAAGAGAAGCAGGGCGCUUUGGAUGCCCAGCUCAAAGGCAUCUCGAACGCUUCGAAUGCCGAGAUUCACAUGCUCAAGCGGACAUUGUCUUACGUUUGGAUUGCUCUCAUGCGAGCCAUGCGACGAGUUCAGGGUAAAGGCGCGCCCGGAGCAGCUGUAGGCGGAUUCCGUGGAGUGUUUGCGGAGGCCCGCAAGAAGGGCAAGUUGCUCAGUGACGCAUAUGUUGCCAGCGCUCUCAUCGAGCAUCACUGUUAUCAAGAUCCUGCGGCGACCAAGAUCUUCGAUCGCGGCAUGAAACUCUUUCCGGACGACGAGAACUUUGCGUUGGAGUAUAUCAAGCAUCUUGUUAAGCUCAACGAUGCGACGAAUGCUCGCGCUGUGUUCGAGACGGUAGUCACGCGCCUCACCUCCAAACCGGAAAGCGUUCACCGCGCCAAGUCUCUUUUCAUCUUCUUCCAUGACUACGAAUCGCAGUUCGGCGAGCUUGCUCAAAUCACCAAACUCGAGCAGCGCAUGGGCAUUCUCUUCCCCGAAGACCCGCAACUCCAGCGAUUCGCAACUCGUUUCUCGAAUCCCACAUUCGAUCCAACCGUCAUUCGCCCCAUCAUUUCUCCUCGCACUCAGAUGCGCCCUGUCAUGCCCAGCAAUAUCAUGGCAACCAUCGAAGAGCCAUUCCCUCCCGCCCCACCGCAGAUGCAACAGCCCCCUCCACAAGACCAACGCAUCGCUUCUCCUGCCGUCCUCAAUUCCCCGCGUAUGGCACACCUUCUCCCCUCCACAAACUCGCCCAAACGUCCCCUUGACGACGCCGAGAGUGACCAACCCCGCAAAUUCGUCCGCGGUGAGUCGCCUCUCAAAGGGGCCGCUGGUCGCCGUCUAGACGCUCGUCGUCAAAUGGCAGGAAACACGCCCGUCGCCGCGCCCGCCGCAUGGCCUCGUGAAAUCAACUUCCUUCUCAGCAUCAUCCCCCACGCAAGCGCGUACAACGCCACGCGGUUCAGCGCUGAGCGCAUGGUUGAGCUGCUUCAGAAUAUCACACUUCCCGUGCCACCGCAAGCUGGGGCCCCUGCCGGCGUUGCGUUCCCACCUGCUCCUGUCGCAGGACUCCCACAGGCCCCUCCGACGUCACAUAUCGGGGCGCAGUUGCAGAAUAUUCAAGCUAGGUAUGGUGCUGGUGGUGGAUGGCCGACUGCCUGA